CGGCGGGGAAAGUGCGCGCUGUGUCUUUAAGAGGCCGUGCUCUCUCGGUGUGCCGCUGCUGCUGUAGGGAUCGGCUGAUGGGGGAAGGGCUCCCAGUCUCUCACACACACCGCUCUCUCAUGGCGGAGAGCAGAUCAUCUCUCACACACACUCGCGAGGCUCGAUCACACACACCGCGAGGAUCCGCCAAACCCGCGUCUGAUCGCGAGCCCGGACGUCAUGCGCGCCGCUGAGAUUGCACACACACUCGCUGUUGUGAUUCUGCUUUUCUUGAGCGCCGGAGAGAGCCAGCUGCAUUCACACACGGCCCGGGAGGCUGUGAGUUAUUCUGAAAGGAACUGAAGAACAAACAGGGGAAAUGGCUGCGACCGCGGGCUUCUCCUCCAAUGGACCUGUCCCCUGGACGCUGAGCGACACCGAGGUGAACAAUCUCUACCGGGACCUCGAGCUGGGCACCGUGCUCACGCUCUUUUACUCCAAAAAGUCUCAGAGACCCGAGAGGAGGACGUUUCAAGUCAAGCUCGAGACCAGACAGAUCAUCUGGACCAGAGGAACGGAUAAAAUCGAGGGCGAAAUUGAUAUUCGGGAGAUUAAGGAGAUCCGUACGGGGCAGAAGUCCCGGGACUUCGAGCGGUAUGUGGAGGACUCGUCUGCGCGGACCGACCAGGCCCACUGCUUCGUCAUCCUCUACGGGACGGAGUUUCGGCUCAAAGCGCUCAGUCUGGCAGCGACCUCAGACGAGGAGAUGGUCAUGUGGGUGAAGGGUUUGAACUGGCUGGUGUCGGAUACGUUACGCUCCCCCACACCCCUGCAGAUAGAAAGGUGGCUGAGAAAGCAGUUCUACGCAGUGGAUCGCAACAGGGAAGACAGGAUUUCCUGCAAGGAUCUGAAGAGUAUGCUGUGUCAGGUCAACUACAGGGUUCCCAAUAUGAGGUUCUUACGGGAGAAGCUUCCGGACGGAGAGCUGAGGAAUGGAGAUGUGUCGUAUUGUCAUUUCGCCCAGCUGUACCGCAGCCUGAUGUUUGAUGCACAGAAAUCCAUGGAGAUUCCACUGCUACAAAGGUUUAUUGAGAGACCGGAACAGAAGAUCUCACUGGAGGACUUCCAGAACUUCCUAAUUGAACAUCAGAAGGAGCUUUGGGCCACAGACAAUAACAAGGUGCAGGAGUUCAUGUUCCACUACCUGAAGGAUCCUCUGCGGGAGAUCGAGCAACCGUACUUUCAUCAAGACGAGUUCCUCACGUAUCUGUUCUCUAAAGAGAACACUAUCUGGGACUCGCAGCUCGAUCAGGUGCGACCAGAGGACAUGAACAACCCCCUGUCCCACUACUGGAUCUCCUCGUCCCACAACACCUAUCUGACAGGAGACCAGUUUUCCAGCGAGUCGUCUCUGGAGGCGUACGCCCGCUGUCUGCGGAUGGGCUGCAGAUGCAUCGAGUUGGACUGCUGGGACGGUCCUGAUGGGAUGCCUGUCAUCUACCACGGCCACACGCUCACCACCAAGAUCAAGUUCAACGAGGUGCUUCUCACCAUCAAAGAGCACGCCUUCGUCACGUCUGACUAUCCCAUCAUCCUCUCCAUCGAGGACCACUGCAGUAUUGUCCAGCAGAGAAACAUGGCCGCCCACUUCAGGAAAGUGUUUGGAGACAUGCUCCUGAUCAAAGCCGUGGACAUCUCCGCGGACGGCCUGCCCUCGCCCAAUCAGCUCAAGAGGAAGAUCCUCAUCAAGCACAAGAAAUUAGCCGAGGGAAGCGCGUACGAGGAGGUCUCGUCUUCGACGCCGUACUCGGAGAACGACAUCAGCAACUCCAUCAAGAACGGCAUCCUGUACCUGGAGGACCCCAUCAACCACGAGUGGUACCCUCACUUCUUCGUCCUGACCAGCAAUAAGAUCUAUUAUUCUGAGGAGACGUCAAGUAAUCAAGGGAACGAGGACGAGGAGGAGCACAGAGAGGUGAGGACAACAGCUGCUUUCCUUGUGGAUCCUUGCAGUCGUAAACACUUUAAAGGGUUCACUUUGCCACAAUGCCGUUAG